AUGACGCUGGGUCACAAACUGCGUGUUAAUGAGUUGAAAUGUAUUCAACGUAGAAUGAUAUUCGUAUCGUUGUGGUACACGCAGAUCCUGUGGAUUAACCCCAACGGCAACAGUAGAGUCAUUGAUGAAAACCAGAUUCCUUACAAACAUUGCUGCAACUUGGAAAGAGGAGUAUCUGACCAGUUUUCAACAAGUACAUCAAGAAAACUGGCAUCAAUAUUGGAUGUUUCAAAAAAUGUUUUAAACGCACGCAAAUUGUCAAAACUUUGUGGUAGUGUUUUCAUCAGAUGUGGGCCUCGGUCUGCUUGUAUUGUGCGGACAAGAUCAGUCUUUUCUUUGUUAGACAGGAGAGAUGAAAAAAGAGCAAGAGUUGCCAAUUCUGGACUCAUGUACCAAGAAUGA